AUGACAGCCCUGGACCUUUCAAACCCUGCAUUGGCGCUGUCCUUCCUCCCCACGAUGCUCUCCGUCAUCCAACUCCCGCCUUCCGAACCCAUUCCGACUGAGCUUGUCGCGAUUCUCGCGGGGCAGGGCGAGGAGCAGGCUUUCGUCUCGUUGACUCGGACACCGGCUGAGACGUCCGUCGUCCUGCCGACGCCUCUGUUCGAGCGACUCUACCCUUCACCGCCUCCGGCUCUCGAGACUUCCGGCCCCUGGGUCGCCCUCCAAGUCGCCGGGCCAAUGGACUUCUCCCUCUCCGGCAUCCUCAACGCCCUGACGACCCCGCUCAAGGAGGCGCAAAUACCCAUCUUUGCGAUGUCGACGUGGAACACGGACUAUGUGCUCGUCGACGAGAAGCACAAGGAGCGGACGAAGGAAGUGCUGAGCGAGGCGAGGUGGAAGUUUCCCUGA